AAACAAAUUCGUUCACACAAAAGAAAAAUGGGUUGUGGGAAAUCUAAACACGAUGUAGCUUCUGGAAACACCGUUCUCCAACGCAAGAAAUCCACUGUCAAUUCCAAGGAAAAUAAUGAGACUCAAACCGUGGACAAAAACAACGACGCUAAUGUUGACAAUGUAAGUUUAGAAGUGGAAGAGAAGAACAAGGAAAAUGUCAAGGAGAUUGGAGUUGAAGGCAAGGGUGGUGAUGAGUCCAACGACGUUGCUGGGAUAACAAAGGUACAGCAAGAAGAUAAAGCAUUGGAGAAGAGUGCACAAGCUGAAGCUGAAGAGAACGAGGCACCGGAAGUUGUUGUUGCUGAAGGACCAAAUGACGAGUCUCAACGUGGAAAAGACGUUUCAUUGUUGGAAAAAAAUGAAUAGGAAGUGAAGGCUGUUGCUGUUGCAGAAGAGAAACAACCAACGGAAGAAAACAAAU